AUGCCAAGCAAUAGCAAGCCGUGUCACAACUGCCGCCGUCGACGACUGCGCUGCGAUCGCUCGUGGCCGACCUGCCACAAAUGCGCGGUCUCAGGGCAGGAGUGCCUUGGAUACGGCAAGGUCUUUAUCUGGACGGAGGCGAUUGAUGCUCAUGGAAAUCCGAAGCCAUCACCAAGUCGCAGGACGCCACUUGGCGGACCUCUCAGCUCAGGAUCUGGACAAGUCUCAUCAUCAGUCACCAACAGCUACUUUCCACUAUUCCCGGAUCCAACCUCUGGCCGCCGCCCCGAUGCUGAUCCCAGCAACCAAGCAGCACAUGAUGCACCUGUCAGCGAAGGCAGAUCUAUCCCGGUUAUUCGCCGCCCCUCGCCGCUACUUAAACGCAACAGAAUCGUCGCAGCGAUGUCGGCUACACCGGAGCCAACAAAAGAUGCAGCCUCGAGCCCAAUCCAGGAAACACCGCUGGAACUUCAGAAGUGGAGGCCGGCAGCGCUUGGCAGUUUGACAGAUCCAAUCUUCCAGGACCUCGAUCGCAACUCACGAUACUAUCUAGCUCACUUUGCCGAUCGCGUCUGUCAAGACUUGGUGGCCCGAGACGGGCCAGGGGUCAACCCUUUUCGAGACCUUAUCCCAUUAACCAACAGACAUCCUCUGCUGCUUCAGAUUCUCGUUGCCACUUCAGCGAUACACUGGUCCAACAUCUUUCGCCCAAUCACUGCCAUUCCCACAGGCCUUACUGAUCCGGGGGGGUAUCUAGCCCAGCUGCGAUCGAAAGACCUGGUUUCCAGGCAAGCACUUAUCGAUGCCUUGACGGCGAAGCAAAAGGCCAUGGGCCACCUGCAAGAGGUGCUCGACUCUUUGGACCCUGGAGGGAGUGAAGUUGCUCUUGCCGCUAUGCAUUUCUUCAUUAAAUUUGACUUGAUCGACCUGGAAAAGAAUGAUGCAAAGGGAUGGAGGACGCACUUGGAGGGGGCAAGCAAUAUUCUGGCAUUGCUCACACAGGGAGCUGGUGGAAGCGAGGCCAAUAGGAUGUUGCGUGACUGCGUUGUGGCUGAUUGUUUCAUAUACCACAUAUUAGGAUCGACACUUGCCUCGGGCAGUCUUGCGGCCAAUAUCGCACGUUACGCUUUCGAAUUGCUGCCGGUCAUGAAGCGCGUCGAAGUGAAUAGUUACCUCUCGUGCCCUCCAGAGAUUCUUCGCAUUGUCCUGGCAGCAUCCAAGCUUUCUUACGAAACCCCUUUUACCGAUUGGUCAUUGUCCGCCGCGAACGAGGCUCUCACUCUUAUUGACGAGGCGCUUGCUUUUGAUAUACCCGCUUGGGCAGACAAACUGCGGCAAAAUCCCCAAGUACAGGACAUCGAAAGCCGUAUACACAUCGCCUCUGCACACAGGUCCGCCGUUUGCCUGUACAUCUUGCAGGCAUUGCCAUUGGUGCGGGCCGUCCGUCCUGUGGAUACCGAAUUCCUUGUUGAGGACAUUCUUGGCAAUCUGGGUCAGAUUAGUGUGGAUGAUCCGUAUUACAAGGCCACAUCUUGGCCUACCUUUAUCGCUGGAGCAGAGACCCGAGAUACCGAGCGACGCACGUGGGCGAUGAAGCGUCUGCUGGGCAUCUGGGAAACGUGCCCUUGGGGCUAUCUGUUCACGGCCAUUGAGCUGUUGAAAGCGGCCUGGGAGCUGCAAGACAACCAAGGGGCAAAUGACGAGAUUGGCGCCAACUGGCUGCAGGGCCUGAAGGAACGAGGCUUUGACUAUCUUAUCGUGUGA